AUGGUCACCUCCUGGUAUGGUAGUGUGUUGCUUAUUGCGGUGGCGCAAGAUGGAAAUAGCAACAUCCUUCCUAUUGCCUUUGCCAUUGUAGAGUCCGAGAGCGCCGAGUCAUCGUUGUUCUUUUUAACAAAUCUGAGACGCCAUAUCACCCCACAGGACCGCCUGUUGGUUAUCUCGGACAUAUCUCAGGCUAUCAAGGUUGCGCUUAGCUGCGAUGACAGUGGUUGGCAUCCCUCAAGAGCCUACCAUGCUUACUGCAUAAGACACAUGGCUGCGAACUUCAUGACUCAGUUCAAGUUAGCCGGGGGCAAAAGGUACCUCAUUAAUGCUACUUAUAGUCCAAGCAAGGCUGGUUACGAGUGGUACAUGGAUGCAUUGAGAGGAGUAUUCCCUACCAUGGUUGAUUGGGCUGGUCGUUUCAAGAAGGAGAUCUGGCUACAACAUUGUGACAGCGGGCGUCAGUUUGGUUACAUGACGACAAAUCUGUCCGAGUGUAUCAAUGCAGUGUUGAAGGGCACCAGGUACUUGCCAAUUUCUGCCAUUGUGCGCAUCACGUACGAGAGAUUACAGAAGUUGUUCGUGACGAAGGGCAGAGAGGUGCAGUCACAGCUCGCUGCUGGAUGCCGAUUCUCACAGAGACUACUAGCCGCCAUUGAGAAGAACAGAGAAGGGAUACCGAAGAUGUGUGUAACUAACUGCGACAGGCGGGCAUCGAUGUUUCUUGUGGAGGAGCUUGAGCCGUUUGAGGGGUGGGGGCGGUUCCUUCUGUGUUCGGCUAUCGGAGGGCACACAGGAAGAUGUUUUCAAGCUGUACAAGAUGGAGUUUUCCCUAUCCAAAACGAGUCGAUGUGGGCAAAGUGGCAUGGGACGAGGCUGUGUCCUAACCCAGUAAUGCGUCGGAAGGCAACUGGAAGGCCCGUGUCCACCAGAUUCCGGAAUGACAUGGAUGAGACUGAGCGACAUGAGAAGCGUUGUGGCCUGUGUAGGCAAUACGGUCAUACUAGAAGGGGAUGUCCUAAUCAGCCCACGGGUGAUGUGUAG